AUGACUGCCAUUAUCAAUCGAAUUAAGAAGCAUAACAUCAUCUUCAGCAUUAGCCAUACCAAGGCCACCUACGAAGAAACAAUGAUCGCUAUCGAGGCUGGCGCCACAGUCGUAACCCAUCUGUUCAACGCGAUGAGACCUCUUCAUCAUCGUAAUCCUGGUCCAUUUGGCAUCCUGGGACAGGCCGGAACNAAAAGUAGGCCGUACUUUGGUAUCAUCGCCGAUGGGAUUCAUCUACAUCCCACUAUCGUCAAGAUAGCCUACAGUGCUUAUUUGGAGGGUGUGUUUCUUGUGACUGAUGCAUUGAGUCUCGCUGGUCUNAGCCGUGGGACUUACGAAUGGACAAACGGGAGUCGCAUUGUCAAGAAGGGCUCUGAACUGACUCUAGAAGAGAAUGGACGCAUCGCAGGAGGAUUCGCAUCUCUGCUCGACUGUGUCACAAAUUUUCUUAACUGGUCCGGUAAUUCUGUUCCAGAAGCGGUGAAUGCAGUCACCUCCGUUCCCGCGAAGAUGCUCGGUAUGGAUAAGAUCAAGGGCAGUCUUGAGGCUGGAGCAGAUGCGGAUCUACUUGUCUUAUCGGAACGACGUAACGAGGAUGGACUGCGAACUUUGAGGGUGGACAAGGUCUGGAAGUUUGGCAAGCUUGUUUUGGAUCCGGCAUAA